ACGGAGCUUAAGGUCCGACAGGUCUGCCAAGGAUUAAUCAACCUCGCGAUGCUGUGUCGUCGAAGAAUUUGGCGGAUUGUUUUCGCGCGGCGGUGGUCGUGAAGAUUUUGGGCAUGAGGCAUGUCGCAUUUGUGACGAUCGACGAGAACGCGAUAGACUGAAGGAGGAAAAGACCCUGUCUUCGGGAUGUGCGAUAUUUGGGAGCCCUUAGCUGAAAUCUACAUCGCGGAUCGGGAGUGCUCCGAUUCCGACGAUUACAUUUAUUGUCUUUGCAGUAGAGUAUUUAUCCGGACUCCUGAGGUUUAUACAGUCUUAGCUUCAGAAGAUGCCAGUGAAGGAGAAGAUAUCGAUGGAGAUUACGUGGGGGAGAUGUUGGAUCUUUACAAAGAAUCUACCAUCGAGACACAAUCCAUAGAAAAACAUGAUGAAGAACCAGUAAGCUGUUAUUGCAGCGCAUCUCAUACAGAUAACAAUUACUCUACGGACGAACAUGACUCUGUACGCGAUUCAACUCACUGGCCCACUGCACAUUCCUUGACCCAAAAACUGGGUCUACAUCAGUCAGAUUCUGGUGCAGAUCUCUCUGAAUAUCAUGAUCAGCAUGAGGCGAAAAGUAUACAGAAUCUUGUCGCAUCCUACGGGAAGACUUUCCAAACUACAGAGACUGAAAUUGAAAACAGUUACGAAAAUGUAGAUAUGCUAACUGAAUAUAAACAUGUAUCAGAUGACAAGGAGGAAUCAAUGGCACAAAGUUUAUCAAAUAGUAUUAUGCCAACUGAAGAUGAACACAACAAAGAUCUCACUUCUUUUAUGCAAUAUGAUUGCGACUCUUAUAAUGAUUAUUCUUAUUCUGCAUAUUAUGGAAAGAAUAAAAGUGCAAUGGACAUCGCAUGGGAAAAAUUUUGGGCUAAAAAUGGAGAACAGUUAAUCUGGGCAUCUUGGAUCGAAAAAUAUGCAGAUUAUAUCAAUCCUGAUUAUUUUCAGACUAAUGCAUGCAUGGCAGAAGACGAAAAGUCACAGGAUGCUGAAAUUAAUGAAGUAGCCGUAGAGAAAUAUUUUGAGCAAAAUACGUGUUUCCCAAAUCAAGCGCACAAAAACUGCGAAAUUCUACGUUCUAACUUCGCAGGAAUUUUCAAUAAAAGUAACUCGAGCGACGGUGAGUUCAAAUUAGCAGCAAUAUCUUCCUCGAAUACUAGUUUUUCAUUUGAACAAACGGGCAGACAAGAUGUUAAUGACAAAGAUGCGGAUGAAAAUAGAAAGAAAAUUAUCAAUUUCGAGUUAUCACCAGAAGAUGGAGAUGGUUGGAAUCCUUUAAGCCCAUUCAGUAUAGAAGAAAAUUAUAAUCAACAGUCUAACGCAGAAGAUGAGAGAUUAUUAACGAGAUGUGACUCUGUUAAUGGCUCGAUAGCAAAAACAAAUGCGACUUCUGAUUCCAUGACAAAUGUUACCAAAAUGACACUAACUAGUUCUAGUUGUGAUUCCAAUUCUGUUCAUUCGUCUAGUCUCAUUACUUCCGUUACAAGUUCCAUUGAAAGCAGUAUAACUAGCAGUUCUGAUCAAGAAAACGAAUUUUCAGUAGAAGAUAAUGAUAAAUAUUGGCAACAUCUGUGGAAGGAGAAUUUUCAGAUGCAAUAUCAAAAGCAGUAUGAAUUAUUUAUAGCUAAUUUUAAAAAGGAACACAAUAUAGAUCGUGAUAAAUUAUAUUUUAACACGUUAAAUGAACGAAUUGGAGAUUCAAUAGUACUUCAACAAGAUGAUGUAACUCUCCAGCAGCAAGAAAGUAUACCUAACAAGGAAAUUUCAGAAAUUAAUAUCCGUGAAAAUCGAAGAGACGAGAGCACAGACACUGUACAAAUCGACCAAAUUACAUCAAGUAAAGUUAAUUUAUUUGGAAAUAAAAGCACACGAAAAAUUGUAGCAAAAUCUAAAGCGAAAACGCAAAGGUUAAUUAUGGAUUCUGUGGGUAUGCUUAUGAAAAAUCUAACAAUAAAGACAGAAGAGAAUGAGUAUAUUGAUAUUGUUGAGGAAGAAAAUUCAUGUGAAGAGCAACAACAGACUACACAUGCUCAAAUUUCAACUACAGAAACUAAAACAGGAGCUUCCAAUUACAAUUUCAAUAAUAAUCAACAAAAAUCUUUUGAUGAAGGAGACGAACUGCACAAGGAAGUUCAACAAAGUCACGAAAGUAAUUGCAACGAUAAUGAAGAUGGUUUAGAAGCUGUAAAAAGAGCUUUCUCAUUAAUGGGCUAUAGCUUAAUUGAAGACGAAAGCCAAAGAAAAUUGCAAGGCGAAGUUGUGUACCGGAAACGUAAUAUUAGGCGACAAAGUUUUCAGUUAAUGGCAGAACUUAAACGAAUGAAAACUACACAUAAAACCACUUUUGAUGAUGCAGAAAUGAUUACCAAACAUACAAAUAAGACAAACAAAUAUUUAUCCUGUAAUUUAUCAUCGGUACCUGCAGAAAUCGAUGUAGAGUCUAAUGAGAAAGGUUCCUAUGCAAAAGCACAAGCAUUCACAUCAAGCUCUGACGACGAAGAUAAUGUAAAAAAGAUGUAUAAAAUAAAGAAGAAGAAGAAGCAAGUUAAGAGGUUGAAUCGAAUCCUUCCAAAGGAAAUAGCUAAUGAUUAUAAACUGUGGAAGUAUUAUAUCAAACGAUUUGGUCUCUUCAGCAGAUAUGAAGAUGGAAUUAAAUUAGAUCGCGAGAGUUGGUUUUCUGUGACACCAGAAGAAAUAGCGAAAAAUAUAGCUGAAAGAUGUAGAUGUGAUACAAUUAUUGAUGCAUUUUGUGGCGCAGGCAGUAAUUCUAUUCAAUUUGCAUUUACGUGCGAGAGAGUGAUUGCAAUAGACAUCGAUCCCAACAAAAUUAAGAUUGCUCGACAUAAUGCAGGAAUUUAUGGUGUAGAUGAUAGAAUAGAAUUUAUUACUGGAGACUUUCUGCAGUUAGCACCACGAUUGGUUGCAGACGUUGUGUUUUUAAGUCCACCGUGGGGUGGUCCUGAUUAUAUAAAGAGGAAAGUGUUCAACCUUGAAAAUAUCAUGCCCCCUGUUGGUGGAAGAAAUGUAUUUAAAGCAGCAAAGAAAAUUACGGAACAUGUGGCCUAUUACCUACCCAAAAAUUCAGAUCCUCUACAGAUUAUCAAAUUAGCUGAAAAGUAUGGUCAGGUGGAACUACAGCAAAAUAUGCUCAAUGGCAGGUUAACAGCUUGUACAGCUUAUUUUGGUGAAUUGGCCAGAAUAUAAUUUUAAAAAAGGAAAAGAAUUUUAAAAAAGAAUGAAGAGAAAAAUCUCUUAAUUUAUGUUUCAGUUAUAUUAUUUCUUUUGCUUUGUUUUAUCAAAAUCAAAAAUUUUUUUC